UUCCCUCCCCCCCCCGCCUGGUGCAUUUGGGGGGAGGCCGCUGGGGAGCGGGGAGACCCCAGGAAAGGGGGGCGAAGCCGAGCCCAGGGGGUCAGGAUCGCGCGCCACGGGGAGCGCCGGAUCUGUCCCCAGUUUCACCCCACAGGGAGGCAGCCGGUGCGGCUGAUCUGCUUGGGGUGCUCCUUCCCCGGGUCAGCCGCCCGGGUGGCCCCUCGAUGUGGCACUUGGGGAGGAGGGUCAGACCCGGCCUGCAGUGGUGAUGAAGCUACUUGGCCCCCUUCGUCAGGCAUCGCUUCCCCCCCAUUGCCCCCUACGCGAGUCCCCUGGUGCAGUUCUGCCCCUGGAUGAGACGUGCCCCAGGCUCUGCUGGGUUGGCCUGAGUGGCAAAAGCCCACCGAGGUGCGGAGAGGGAGGCCAGUGCGGGGCCCAGGGCAGCCCUCCCAUGCGGCCUUGCAUGGGGACUGCUGAAAGGCAAGCAGAUUCCUAGUUCCCUGUCUUUUUCCGUGUAUAAGGCGAUACUUUUUCUUUAACAUAUUUACCUAAAAAUGGAGGGGCGUCUUAUAUACGGGGGGCGGGAGGGGCAAAGGAGAACCGCGUUUGAGAAACUGCCGGUACCUCAUCUCUGCAAGUCGCCUCACGAGCAAAACUUCCGAUUGCAGCGCCAAGCUAACCGGUUUCCACUCAUGAGCCGUAUGUAACUGACAUCAGCUGAUGCCGUGUGGAGCUAGUGCUCAGAUGCCAAGGGAGCGGUAAUUUAUAUUAUUUUAAGGAAGUUUAUGUAUGUUUGUGAACCGCCCCAGACUUCGGCAAAUGGGGCGGCAUAGAAGUUUCCUAAAUAAAUAAAUAAUGUCGGAGCGUUCUGAGCCCAUGAAAAUGUCAGAAAACAAAAAAAUGAAUACCAGUACCGGUAAGCGAACGUCCUACUCUGCAAAAUUUAAACUGGAGGUAAUCAGCUAUGCAAAAGAGCAUGGAAAUAGAGCUGCAGAGAGACAGUUCGGACGUCCUCCCACUGAGUGUAUGAUCAGACAGUGGAGAAAACAGGAAGAACAACUCCUUAAGAUGCCAGAAAAGAAGAAGGCCUUGAGAGGAAAACCAGCAAAAUGGCCAGACUUGGAGCAGAGGCUUAAGACUUGGAUUUUGGAGCAGCACCAGAGUGGCUUCUGUGUGUCACCCAAGCUCAUUCGAUGUCGGGCAAGAAUGUUUGCGAGCGAAAUGAAGAUGGUUGAUUUUACGGGAAAGGCAAAAUGGUGCUUCAAUUUCAUGAGGAGAGAAGGGUAUCAGAGUACUGGUUUUUUGAAACACAGAUUAAAGAUGGCCAUGCCAGACACAGCUGGCCUUGAACCGCACAAAGAUUUGGAUGGCGUGAAGGCUGGGAGAAGUGGAGGAUUCUGGGAAGGACUGUCUCAGCAGGCCCCUGAGGGGGACAAGGUCAGCCCGGAUGUGCCGUGCCAGCACUUCAGGCAGCUCCGCUACGAGGGCGCAGAGGGGCCCCGAGAGGUUUACACCCAACUGCACCGUCUUUCCGGUCAGUGGCUGAAGCCAGAGCGACACACCAAAAACCAAAUGCUGGACCUGGUGGUCCUGGAGCAGUUCCUGGCCGUCCUGCCAGCGGAGGUGGUGAACUGGGUGAGGGAAUGCAGAGCGGAGACGUGCUGCCAGGCGGUGGCCCUGGCGGAGGGCUUCCUCCUGAGCCAGGCCGAGGACAGGAGGCAGGAGCAGCAGCAGCAGUUUCAGGGGGCAAGUCAAACAGCAGAAGGAGGGUCUGAUGUUGCUGCAGCGGAGAAAACGCCGUCAGCCGCCAGCCAGAGAUCUCCACCAAGGGGAAUCCAGCAGGAGAGCAAUGGAUGUGCUUUGUGGGGGGAUGGAGAAACAGUAGCAAUGGGUGCCCAGCGGCCUCUUCUUGAUGAUGGAGCGGGACCAGAUCAGGCCCUGGUGACCUUUGAGGAGGUCGCCGUGUGCUUCACGGAGGAGGAGUGGGCCCUGCUGGAUCCCGGCCAGAGAGCCCAGCACAGCCAGAUCAUGGAGGAGAACCGCGGGACCGUGGCCUCUCUCGGUGACUGGUGGAAAGUGGAGAAGAGGGAACCUCAUCAGAUGUCAGUGAAGAGAAACUAAUGUAAAAACAGCAAAGAGCAAAGGAGGAAAAGUGAACCAAACUGGCAUAGGAAGAAUAAUUGUUUUGCUUCUCAGGUCCAUGGCAUUCCAACACCAGGAGACAUCUGUAAAAGACAGGGAAAAAACAAGUGCCUUGGACCUAGGAAAACUCCCCAUUCUGAAUUACACACUGAACUUCAUUCCAAAAUGCAGCCAUGGAGGAAAAGAUACGAAUUCAAGGAGUGUGGAAAGAGCUUCAGGCAGAAGGUGCUUCUCAACGUCAAAGAAGUCAACCAGAGGAGAAAGCAUUGAAUUGUUUGGAAGAUGGAAAGAGCUUCAGCCAGAAUAAACAUGUUAGUUCUCACCAAAGAAUUCACAGAGGUAGGAAAAAAAUGGACCAUUUUCUGGAGAAUGGGAAGAGCUCAAUUCACAAGACAAUUCUCAUGCAACAUGAAGGAAAUGGCACUGGGGAGAAACCAUUUCAUUGCGUGCAUUGUGGAAAGAGCUUCAGUGAGAAGAAAAGAAUCACGUGUCAUCAAAGAACUCACACAGUGGAGAAAGCUUUUCAUUGUUUGGAGUAUGGAAAGGGCUUCAGUCGAGCACAUCUGCUUACUCAACAUCAGAGAAUUCACACAGGGGAGAGACCCUAUCAUUGCCUGGAGUGUGGAAAGAACUUCAGACAGCAGAAACAUCUCACUUGUCAGCAAAAAACUCACACAGGGGAGAAACUUUUUCACUGGAGUGUGGAAUGAACUUCAGUCAGAAGAUCUCUCAUUAACGAACACGCACGGGAGAAAUGAUAAUUAUUGUUUAGAGUGUAGAAAGAGAUUCAUUCAGAGGAGAACUCUCAUUUGUCCGGAAACUACUUACCGGGGGUGGGGUGGGGAGAGAAACCCCAUCGUUGUUUAGAAUGUGGGAAGAGCUAUUCACUCAGGGAGGAAACCAUAUCAAUGUUUCAGUAUGUGAAGAGAUUAAGUCAGAAUGUAUAUUGCCUCAUUAAAGCAAUCACAAAGAGGAAAAA